GUCUUUGGUUUCUCUUAUCAGCGUAUUUAGAGCCUGAAGAUUAAAAGAUUGAACACUUUCUUUCCAUCCCUUUGGUUGUGCAACCCUCUCGGAGUGCGAUAUUCAAGCACGACGAGGUAGGAACUCGCAAGAUGUCAAACAACCUGACCACAGCCAGCACAGGUGGCAGGAACUGCCAAUUCAGAACAUAUCACACGAGUCCAAAGAAAGGUGGCGGGCUCGUAACAGAGCUAAAGACAGAGCCUUUUGCAAGACUACAAGAUGACACAGAUGGCCAAUACGCCCUGGUAAUUCGACGGAAAUUUACCGACAGACAAGAGCUCGAAUCCACGACACUCCGAGUCAACUCGCCUCAUUUGCUCGGUGUCUUUCGAGAUGUGGUCGGAUCAGGGUACACUACCGUUGCUUCAGACUUUAAGUCCCCAUUCGAUCUUACUGCACCAUUUCAGAUACUUCUGCAUUAUUGGGAUGAGCUAGAGCAGGUCUGCAAGACAACGGAAGACAAAGAGGUUCGCCAGCACUUGAGGCUACUGUUCGACUUCAUGAGUAAUGAAAUGGGGCCUGAACGGGAUAAUGUUCUCAGAAUGAUUUCAAAAGGGCAGAUCUCUUAUCUUCAAGCGUGGGUGCUAUUCAGACCGGGAGAUCUGGUGUACACCUCUCUCAUGGGCCACCCGUGGCUCCUGCGGUGCCACAAGACUGCAUAUGAGGAGAGCACGGUUGCAGGUCCAUAUAUCGUGGUCACUUGUUCCUAUACUGACCACGAUGGCACGCUCGAGGGAUCUGCCACUCACAAGUUCGUCAUCCACCAGAAACGAUGGUUCGGGUCCGAAAACCCGGCUUUCAUUACAGAUCUUCCUGUUUAUCCUCGACGUUUAGUACGAGGAGAAGAUGAUCUCGAAGGUCUAUUAGAAGAAAGAGGCCGUAAAUUUCUCGCCAGAAAGGCGGUAUGCACUCAGGCGUAUGACGGAAUUGCGCAGUACUUGAAGGAACCUCCUGAUUCCUUUUUCGAUCCUGACAUGGCCAGUUUCGAAGGGGUGUGGCUUCCAUUCACUGAGACUGGCAGGGUUAUUCUCGACCGAAAGACCUUCCAUGACGACCAAUAUGGAAACCAGGUCCCGAUAAAGGUCCAGAAACCAGACCCGCUCCUCUGUCCGCCAUACGCUUACGGAUACUCACUCAGCCGCAAAGACUGGUGCCGCUUCUUUGUUGACCGCAUGGAUGACGUGAAGUGGAAGCAAGGCGUAUGGGACUCAUUGAUACUAGCUCCGGAGCAGAAGCGCGUUUUACAAGCGCUCGUGACCUCCCAUGAGUUUCCCGACAAUGCGAGGAAUGAGGCGGAGCAGAAAGGCAAAGGGCUCGUCGUGCUCUUGCAUGGAACGCCUGGCUCAGGGAAGACGCUCACCGCCGAGACAGCCGCCGAGGGGGCACAGAAAGCGCUAAUCUCUGCUUCACUUGGAGAGCUGAACCGCUACAAUAGCGCGCGGGCCUUCGAGAUACUGCUGAAACAGGUCCUGACCUAUGCAACGAUGUGGAAAGCUGUCGUUCUCCUGGAUGAGGCUGACGUAUUCCUCGAAGCCCGUCAGGAAUCCCUUGGUGAUGGUUCUCGCAACGCUCUUGUCGCAGUGUUCUUGAAGGAGCUAGAAUACUUUUCUGGCAUCGUCUUCCUUACCACCAACCGUAUCGAGACCUUUGACCAGGCUAUGAAAUCCCGCAUUCACCUGGCGCUGGAAUAUUCGCCACCAGACAUCGAGAUUCGCAGGCAAGUCUGGAUGAAACUGCUCGGCGACGUCCCAAAAGAUGUGAUGGGUAUAGAAGAUGUGGACGACGCCGUGGAGAACAUCCUCAUGGAGAAGCUCAACGGAAGAGAGAUUUCCAAUGCACUGAACACAGCCCGCACUCUGGCAAGAUUCGAGCAAGAAAAGCUUGGCCUGAACCACAUCGAAAGAGUACUGCAGGUGAGGCAUGACUUUGAUAAGAGUAUACAGAGGAAGGCAAGACAGAUGACCUCGAAAUUGACAGACCUCAGCACUAGUGCUACAGGGGGUCUGGUCAGGCAAAGCUCGAUUGGUAUGGCUGAUAUUGAGGAAUAUAAAUCCUGAGCAUCAGAAGGAAGAGUUUCCGGAUAUUAGAUAGAAUCCACGAGGAUGAGUUGAGGUUGAUGAUGAGGGGAGAUUUUCACUGCAAGUAUCUCAUAAACCGUGCCUCAAAUCAUUCAUUCAGUCAACACGAGCGCGACCCGCGGGAAAUGGCAUCGAGUCUACUAAUGAGGCCCCAGCUGACAGAUUGAACACUAGAGGUUUAGCGGGGCUCGACCCCUGGCAUCCUGAUCUCGAAACCUGACUUCCUGGGCUCUUGAGACGGAUCCGUAGAGUGGUACGCUACAGGCGUCCCGGCCAAAAGACCACAAUUCCAAGUUACCUCACAACUUGGAAUCUACCACUUAUAAGCCCGUACCACCGUAUGAAGGCGCCAUGUAUGUCCUCGGACGUAUACGGAAUAGAAGCGAAACCACAUAAGCCCGUACCGUCACAGCUCUACUAUUUACACCACAUAGAGAUAUUUUACAUGCGACCUACCCUAUUAUAG